GUAGCGAGCGUGAAGAGCUGUUGGCGCUCGUCGUGUUUCGCAGACUUGGCGAUUCUCUCAAAAGUGCAUGCGACUGACGAUUCUAAAUGACGACACCGCCCGACGCGCGCGACUCGCGAUGGGCCUGACGGAGCGGCCCGAUUCCGAAAACGGCGAUUGCUUGGCGUGCCGUCUCGUAGGCACCGGCGGACUCCUAGGUGCGUCGGCUUACGUGUGGUACCACGGUCGCCACCUGAAAGGAUUCGGCAAGUUCGCCGCAUACACUCUUUGCGGAGGACUGGGAUACCUCGGAUGUGCGAGAUUUGCUUCACUACCGCCGUUCCUGCCUAAGUGAAGGACCUUUUGCACCAAUUAAAUCAAGAUUAAGCGGCCUCGGAAUACGUGGCUCAAGAUUCUGGGAACCGCAUCGUGGCCAUGAAGUUGCCGAACAGUUUCGUGUACGGAGACGCCGAUUUCGUACACGGUGUGGCACCGGGCGGCGAGGGAAGGCCGACCCGAUUUGAUCAGCUGUUGCAGUCCAAAUGGGACGAGGCAAUGACCAGCGGUCACUUCUGGUACAAACUGGACAAACUGGACACGCGAAUACUGCCCGGAAAAUACGGAUUCGUGGCGCAGCUCAACAUGAAGAGAGCCAAUGAAAGGAGGAAGCCUCAGCACGUCACUUCCGUCUGCAUGCCUUUUGACGGCAGCAUCUUCAACUUCACUAAGCUCAAGGAGGGGGAGAUGCUCUUUUCCCUGAAGAAUGCCAACAAAGUGGACAACAGUGAGAAAGAAGCGGAACAUUGGGUUGUGAUCAACGUCAGCCCGGUGGAGUACUGCAACUCUCUGCUAGUUCCCAGGCUGUACAGCUGUUUACCGCAGGUACUGACACCAGAGUCGGUCCAUUUGGCAAUCGACACCGUGCUACUAAGCAGCAGUCCAAAUUUCCGUCUCGGCUUCAACAGCCUCGGCGGCCAUGCCUCGGUGAAUCACCACCAUUUCCACUUGUAUUACCUGCAGCACAGGCUUUACAUCGAAACAGCUAGGGUCAACCACCUAUGGAGCGAGUGCUACGAGAUCGUGGACUAUCCUGCCAAAGGAUUUGCAUUUCAAGUCACCAAAGACAACAAGGAAGCUGUUGUUCGGGAUGUUAUGGUACUCGUCCAAAUGCUACUGAAAACAUCCACAGCACACAACCUGUUUGUUACGAGGGGCACAAGUUUCGACUCGGACGACGCUGAAAAAUCAGUGGUUCGAGUCUUCCUGUGGGCAAGGAAAUCUUGCUAUGGUGCAAAAGAUGAGUCUGCAUUCAACGUUGCUCUCUGUGAGUUGUCAGGGCAUCUAAUAAUGAAAAAUGAGGAAGGAUACAUGUCUGCAACUGAAGACUCCGUAGCACAACUACUCCGCGAAUUUUGCGACGACACCUUCGCAGAGGUGCACUCCCAAGUGGUGGCGCUAAAGAAGGACUGCCGAAGCUGAUGACCCUGCGAACUAGUCGAUAGAAUUUUCCGUUUCGUCCAUGAGGGCACGCUGUCCAUUAACGGUUUAAUAAAGGCAUUUUGUUUCUACAAAUGA